GCUAAAGUGCGGCGAGCACGAUGUCCGACCCAGGGUCCACGGAGACGUCCGACUUUGAGCAAGUCGCUGAGGCUAAUGAGAGCAUGACGAGCACACAGAAUUCCGUGCAAUCGACUUCAUCCACGUCUGAAGAACCCACCUCAAAGGAGAAAGAGGAGGACACGGCUAUCCAUCCCCACCCUGAGAUGUCCUUUGACGACGGCAACAUCAUGAUUGUGGCUGAGAAGACGUCGUACAGGGUGCACCGCAGCGUGUUGUCGCGCAAGUCAGCACUGUUCAAAGAUCUUCUGAGUCUACCCCAACCUGACUCGGAGGAGAAGCUCGACGGGCUACCGGUUGUUCGUCUGCUGGACCCCGCAGAAGACGUUACAAUGCUCCUUGAUGCGAUAUACAACGGCGCCAAAUACCGCUACCGCGAUGACGAGACGCCGGGAUGGGCAAUUGUGCGGCGGCUGCUGAACCUGGGGACCAAAUACCAGGUCGAGGAACUACGCGACGAGGCGAUCCACCAGCUGAACGCGCGCUACCCGCGUAAGAUCGCGGACUGGGACUACACGUGCCGCACGGACUCGGACACGUCCUCGACGAUCGUCGUCUCGUAUCCGAUCGAGGAGGACCUCGUGAUCGCCAACGUCGCGCGCACGAUGAACCUGCCCGACAUCCACCUCGCCGCGCUCUACGGCUGCUGCUCGCUCCCGCCGGACGUGCUCGUCCGCGGGCGUGCUGUCGACGACGGCACGCUUGAGCGCCUCUGCGAGGACGACCUCGUCGCGUGCCUCCAGGGCAAGGAAAACCUGCUCGUCUGCGCACGCGCGGACGUGCGCCUGAACCUCUUUGCGCCCGACGAGCGCCCCGAGGCGUGUCGCUACCCCGUCGAGUGCGCGGACAAGACUGCAGAGCUCCUCACGCGCUACCGCACGGCGGAGCCGCGCCCGCGCCGCCUGUACGACCCGCUCCGCCCCGACGACGAGGAGAUCGAGCGCCACUGUGUCGAAGCCGGGCUCUGCCACGAGUGCGUCAAGUUCUUCAUCGCCCGCCACGCGCAGCUCCGCCAGAACGUGCGCAACAACCUUACGUCGUACAUUUGCGUCCAAAAGGCGACCUAGGUUGGAAUAUAUAUACCCAUACAUGCUCGCAGUCCGUCCAUACGUAGUUGUGAUGUUGUACAAUGUAAUGUAGCACGAUUCGUAGAUACCAAGAUGAUGUAACUAUAUGCAUUACCUCCUCUCACGCACCAAGAAGUUCAAACAUCCUCGCGAGCAGCCGCGCCAGAGCAGAGGCACGCCGCCCUCAACACUGACGUCGCGCCCCGCGACGACAUGCUCCCACGAAAACCGCUCCUCGGCACGUCUGACAAACACCGCGCGGCGGCCAGCGUGCGCCGGCGAGCGGCACACCCCGACGCCCGGGUGCGUCUCCGCGUCCUCGUCUUCGUCCGCCUCCCGCACGCCCGGCGCGGACGCGCCGCCGUUCGACACGAACGACGCGCUCCGGCGCACACGCUUCGCGGUGUCCGCCUCCUUCGCGACGGCGCGCGCACAGCACGCGCGCAGGUCUGCGAGCAGCCACCCUGGGUAGUCGUCCGGCAGCGGGAGGGGGUGCAGCGCCUCGAGCGCCGUCUCGCCCGGCUUCGAGUCCGGCCUGAGCAGCGUGGCAUCGGCGGGCGUGAGUUCUGCGAGCAGCGCGCGCAGACACGCCUCUGUCAGGGUCGGCACGGCGAAGUAGGUGAUCGUCGGCGACACGGCCUUGCGCUGUGGCUCGUCGCGGUGCGUGUCUGGUGGUGGUGGCAGCCAUGGGUUGCCCUGGAGCACGAGGGUCGCGAGGCGCAUGUCCAGCAUCUCGGCGGGCAAGUACGUGAGCUUGUUCUGCGAGAUGAUGAGGGUCUGGAGGUUCUUCAGUUGUGCGAUUUGUGGUGGCAUGUGUUUGAUGUUGUUUCCGCGAAGGUUGAGCUCCACGAGGCGUUGCAGCCAAAACAGCUCGAGCGGCAGCUUGGUGAUCUGGUUUCGGGCGAGGUGCAGCGUGAUUGCGCCGACCGUGCUUUCGGAGCUCUUGCUCCGUUCUGGCCAUUUCAACUGGGCCAUUGAAGGCGACUUUAAAAGACGGGGAGACUCCUCAGAGCCGAGGAAUGACGCUUGGCGGAAGGGAUUGGCCGGUACCGUGACAGACCGUGUGAAAGGACGGGAGCGAGGCACAAACUCUGUCGUUGAUGCUGCGCUCCGUGGUUGUAGAACGACGAGCGACGCGAGGUCCGCAACCGACGAAGGAAUGCGAGUUAACGGUGUCCCAAUCAAUCCAGAGUUGUCGAGGUUAAUGACGCUGUCGGCUUCAUUCACAGCCUUCUCUAUCGCCUCUUCCCAUAUUUCCUUCUCACGCUGCUUGCGACUUCGGUACACAGGCUGGACGUCUGAUUCAUCGUCGCUGAGAUUGAUCGCUUCAGAAUCGUAAGCGUAGGCGGGAGGCCGGGGUCGCGCGGAGAACAGCCGGGCGGGCGGGAUGGAGGAGAAGUCGGACGAGCCGGUACUUGUGACGGAGAGCGCUCGACGGCUCUUGCUGGAUUUCUUCUCCCAGUCGGGUGGUGUCCAGGCCGUGUUCGCAUCGCCCGCCAAGGGGUCAUGCGGCACAGAGGUCGAGGUCGUGUGACGGGUUCGGGAAGGUGAGUCAUCGAGGCCGAGGACGUCGCCCCCAGAAGGGCUACCGAGUUCAAGCUCUCCGCGAGAGACACGCUUCUCGUAGAGAGGCGGAGCACGGACUGCCUUGGUGGAGGCAGCAAAUGGGUGAGAAAGACCUGGCGAUGCGGG